AUGGAUAAAUAUGAACUCAUUAAACAAAUUGGAGAAGGAUCUUUUGGCAAAAUAUUCUUGGCAAAAGGAAAAAUGGAUAAUGAGCCAUGUGUUAUCAAAGAGAUCAACUUAACUAAGAUGCCUGUGAAAGAAAAAGAAGCCUCUGAGAAAGAAGUCAUUCUGCUGGCCAAGAUGAAGCAUGCAAAUAUUGUAACCUUCUAUGCUUCUUUGCAAGAAGAGAACAAGCUAUAUAUUGUGAUGGAAUACUGUGAUGGUGGAGAUUUAAUGAAGAGGAUAAAUAUGCAGCAUGGAGUCCUGUUUGAUGAGGACCAGAUUCUCAGUUGGUUUGUGCAGAUCUCCUUGGGCUUGAAGCAUAUUCAUGACAAGAAGAUUUUGCACAGAGAUGUAAAAGCACAGAACAUUUUUCUUAGCAAUAAUGGAAAGGUAGCAAAGCUUGGGGACUUCGGCAUAGCGAGACAGCUGAACAGUACUACAGAGUUUGCCCAUACCUGUGUAGGGACCCCCUAUUAUCUUUCACCUGAGAUAUGUGAAAAUCGACCAUACAACAACAAAACAGAUAUUUGGUCUCUUGGCUGUGUGCUUUAUGAGCUGUGUGCACUAAAGCAUCCUUUUCAAGGCAAUAGUUUGCAUGAGCUGGUGCUAAAGAUCUGCAGAGGAUGUUUUCAACCAGUGUCUCCCAACUAUUCCUACGACCUGAGGAUAUUGAUUUCCCAGUUGUUUAAAAUAUCUCCAAGAGAUCGACCAUCCAUCAAUUCUGUUCUAAGGAAGCCCUUCUUGCAGAAACUUGUUCUCAGGUAUCUGCCCCCUGAGGUAGCACGGGAAGAACUCAGUCACAGUGUGGUACGUAGAAAAGGGCCUUCAGCAUCUCACUCUAGAGCCAGGCAGAUACAAGCAUAUAAACUUCUGAAAACAAGAGUCCAGGACCCAGUUUCUCUGGAAUCUGGAAUAGUGAUGCCUUUCAAGAAACAAGAAUUAUUUCAAAGAAAUGAAUGGAAGCCUCCUUCAAGAGUACAACAGCCUAUUAUUCAGCCACAGACCUCCAGAUUUAAUAUGGCAGAAAGGCCAGGAAGCACUAGAGUACAUGGUCAUUAUGGUCACUACUAUGAGAAGCUUGACAACUUGGAAAGGAAAGCUAAUGCACACUAUGACCUUUCUCAUAUCAGCCAAAGAGUUGAAGAUUACUAUGAACCAAAAGGACGAGUUGCACCUCCACCUCCACCAUCCGACUGGACUGCAGAAUUUCUUCAAAGGCGGUUUGAAGCCCAGCAGUACAAGAUCAAAGUGGAAAAACAAAUGGGACUGCGACCAUCCUCUGCUGACCCAUAUCAUGACCAAAUACAGCAGCAGAAAACAAAGGAAGAGCAUCUCAAAAACCAUCAGCAAAGCAUGUCUAGAAAGAAUGAAAUUAAAGAACAGGAGUAUUUGAAACAAUUGCAGAAAAUUCGGGAAGAAUACCACAGUGAUAUAAAAGAAUUCAGAGUUAGAGCAGGAGCACUCCAGGAGAACCAGAAAAUACAAGAUAAAACCUAUCUUGUGAGGCAAGGGAAAACUGAGCACCAGUCUGAAAACAAAGAUAUAUCUGGAACAGGAGAAGAGUCACUUCAGGAUAUGGAGGAAAACUUUAAACAAGUCAGACUCCAGGAUAGGCAAGACCAAACAAUACUAGAAAAGAGACGUAAUACAAAAGGAGGAGUAAAAUUUGAAAUUAAUUUAGAUGUAUGUUUUCCUGAGGAAGACAGCAUUCAAGAAGCAGAGGUAUUAGAUAAACUCAAUGAGACUUUAACUUUUGUGGAUGGUGAGAAUCUUAAGGAGAAAUUGGUGGAAGUUUAUGAAAAUCAUACAGACAGAGCUUUGGAAAAACUGUCUGACUACCCAACAGAGUCCAUACAUGAUAUGAAAAAACCCAGAAAACAUUGGCAACCUGGAGCCCCUCAGACACUACUGAAUUUUUUAGCUGGUGCUGGUGUCACAUCUGCAUGUCCUACUAUGACUGGAAAUGAACUUGCUCACCAUGUUAUUCUGUCUGAAGACAUCCCAGAAAACAGGAAGCAGUGGAAACAGACACCACCAGAGACACUCCUAAGCAUCUUAGCAAAAGCAGAGCUGUCUGAUGAUUCUUUUAUCAGUUCUGAGGAAGACAAAGAAGGGAGAUUAACUCUGUUGCCUCCAGAAGAAAACAAGGAAGAUGAUUCAGAAACAUACUCUGCUGUUGAUGUUGAUGAAGGUAGAUUUGAGCCAAGAUCAGAUGGUGAAGACACAAAUUUUGAAGAUUCUGAAGAUGAACUCAGGCACGAACUGGAGGAAUCUCUGGAAAAAUUGGCAACUUCUCCAGCAGAAGAGUCUCACAUCUUUUCAAUAAAUAAAGGUCAAAGAGAUGAAGAGAAGAUGAGUUUACCUGACAGACUUAGAAAAUCUGAUGAUGAUUUAGAAAAUAAUGAUAGGUAAUUUGGUGUUGAAUCACAUGAAAAAGAAGACUAUGAUUCUUUUUCUUUAGAGGAAAAACAAAUCAGGGUACUUUUCAGAUGUCUGAACAUUGAAAAAUCCUCAUCCAGACUGAAAUGCUGUUUCAUCUAUUAUUCUUAACUGGACAUUAUUCUUAACCUGGACAUACCUGACAAGUCUUGCUUGAGCAAAUUUCUGAAUGUGUACUGUGUUUAACCAUUUUUGUAUCAUGUAAGAGAGUCUCCUAGUUUGUGUAUUUUAUUGCCCUAGAUAAAUCAACUCCUUGUUUUAAGAAUCUCUUCCAGAUUUGCAUAAUCAAUGUGUACUGCCAGUACAGCUUUGUAAUCUACAGUUUCAUUACACAAUACUGACCCUAUGUAGUUACAACAGCUGCUCAGGAGUUUUAUAUAGUAGCAGUAAAAGUGUUUAUUAGUGCCAUGAGAACUGUGC